UUUAAUUACGCAUUACUGUAUAUUUAAAACAAGAAGAUAACAAUUCUGUGCCAUGUUCAUAUACUUCCGCCUAAAUAUCCAAUUAAAGUAGAUAACAUUAAAAGAAAUCCAUACGUAAUAAUCCUUCUUGAAGAUUUCAUUGGAAUUCGUUGUCGUAAUUUAUAUAUUGUGCCGUUUGAUACUAAUGUAAUUGUGCUGCCUAACAUUUAUUAUUAUUGUAUUUUAUAUUGCAAUGAAUUGUUAAAAAAGUCAAUACAGAUUUAAUACUUCAGUUACAGGUUUCUAGCUGUAAGGAAACUAUAUAUUUGGUAUCGAAAAUCUUACACUUGUUGAAUUACGUUUGUUACGUUGUAAAUGUAAACCGAUAAUUAUUAUGAAAGUACUGCAUUUUUAAUUGCGAGGGAAAGUGUGUAGCGGAGUAGUAGGGGGUGUCACGUGGUCGUAGAGCGAGAGCAAUAUCAUGGAGGUCAGUUUAGGCUAGUCGAUAGCGAUCAGUACUUGUCAUCUGUAUUGGUCGACGAAUUUAUAAUAUGUAUUUAUGUUAAUAUUUUAGCGUUUAUCUAUUUAAAUAGUCGAACGAGUCGAAAGUUUUUGCUUGUAAAUACGUACCGAUCUGGUGUUUUGAGUGAAAUUCGUAGAAUAAACAUAUACUUGAGAACUUUGAAUGGAACCAAUAAAGAUUCAAUUGAAUUCGUACCAAUGUAAAUUCGAUGGGGAACGAUAAGAUUACAUGAGACAGUUCUGAUCUGUGAUGAUAUGUAGGUAAUAUACUUGUCAGUAAACAAAAAAUAUGGAAUAAACGAAAAAUGGUCGUGAAAGACCCCUGCGGGAUCGUGUGUAUCAUAGUCACGUACAUCGCUGUCUUCUAUGCAGACUACGUCGUCGUACGUUGGGUUAUCCUGCAUAGUUUACAAGACAGUUUAUGGGGUCCCUUUCAUGUAGCAGCUUUCAACACUGUUGUGUUAUUAUUGAUAAUGUCACAUUUGAAGGCAGCCUGCAGUGACCCUGGUGUUGUGCCACUGCUCCAAAGUCGUAUGGACUUUUCUGAUAUUCAUACAGAUAAUCCAGAUACAAAGAUUGAAUGCGAUGAAAGAGACAGUUGGACUGUUUGUACUAGAUGCGAGACAUAUAGGCCUCCUAAGGCACGUCACUGUAGAAUUUGUAAUCGAUGUGUUAGGAGAAUGGAUCAUCACUGUCCAUGGAUAAACAACUGUGUUGGGGAACGAAAUCAAAAGUAUUUUAUUCAGUUUUUGGUGUAUGUCGGACUGUUGGCCGUGUACGCACUAUGCUUGGUGAUAACAUCAUGGAUUUUAGAAUGUUCUCGAUGCAGCAAUGACAUAAUUAUCAAACAAAGUCGCAUCUUACACUGUGUUAUAUUGGUAUUGGAAUCGGCACUGUUUGGCAUGUUUGUCAUUGCAAUGCUGGUAGAUCAGUUUCAAGGUAUCCUGGGAGAAGAAAACGCGACGGAAUAUAUGCAGAAUAAUCAUCAUUAUAAAAGAAAAAGUUCGCGUACAUUAGUGUUACUCUCUCAGGUCUGCGGUAAGAGUCAUCCAAUUUUAUGGAUGUUCCCUUGCCAGAACCCGCCGCGUUAUACUUUUCGAAAGGAUGCGUACCUGAUAGAUCACGAGGUUUAGGUAUAUUUGGGAGUGACUGCUUCUCGAAUGACAUCGCUUUGUCAUAGAUACAAUUUUAUAUGUUUAAAGGUAUUUAAUCGUACAACAAUAUCUAGAAGAUGGAGAUGGAAAACGUAUAUAUCAUAAUUAUUUAUUACAUGAAAUACAAUGUGGAUGAAAACGUUUCAUUACCUGAAACUAGAUUGUUUAUACAUAUAUAUUUUUAUUUACUUUGUAAUUGAAGAAAUGUUUUAUGUUAAGUUAUUAAAGGAAAGGGGAUAAUGCAGGUUGAAACAUUUUGAAGCUCAAAUUUUAUGUCGUUGUUGAAUAUUCAGCACUAAUCGUAAAUGAAUUGUUAUAUUUUUCGUAUUAAUUUCUACGUAAUUCCAUUAUAUUCAAUAAGUGAAGUUAAUACUCAUGGAAUUAAAAUUAAUUACUGUAUUCUUAUUCAAUUUGCUAUCGGCGGAUGAAUAUU